AGAAUUCUUAAAAAGAAAACAAUGGUUAAUCUGUCGAUAAACUUGGACCUUUUGACUUGAUAUAUAAAAUGAGAGUAUUUGCAAUAAGAUUUGAGACCUUAGGAGAACGGUAAACAAUGAGGAUUAUUGUUCUUUUAAUAUUACUUUACGGAUUUUGUGAAGCCGCCCCUUCUGAAAGUGGCAAUACAGAAUCUGAAGUCACUGACAGGGAGUUGUUGAAGAAAACAAAGCAGGUGUUUAGAAUUCUAAGGUUUAUAAACCAACCGAGUCAUUAUAAGGAGCUGGUGGAUAUCGCAAAAAACUAUUCGAUAUACGACCAAGAAAGCAAAUUUUCUAACGAGCAGGCAUUCAAACAAUUUUUGCAACACUACCAGACGGGCCUCCUUCCCCGUGGGACACAGUUUUCUGUCUUUUACUAUGAACAUUUAAAACAAGCCAUUGCUUUGUUUAAACUACUGUACUAUGCUAAAGAUUACGACACAUUUUUCAAAACAGCUGUAUGGGCUCGUCAGAACUUAAACGAGGGCCUCUUCUUGUAUUCAUUUUCGGUAGCUUUGAAGCAUCGCAAUGAUACUUACAAAGUCAUCUUGCCUCCAAUUUACGAACUGAAUCCGUAUUAUUUUGUUACUGGCGAUUCAAUUUACCAAGUGCAGAAAUUCAAACAGUUGUACCAUGGACAGCAACUGAAUGAACCCUACAUCAUCCCGACGAAUUAUACAAGCCAAAAUGUGCAACAUUCCCUGGCUUAUUUCUUAGAAGAUAUAGGCCUAAAUGCUUAUUACUAUUAUUUCAAUUUGUAUUAUCCCUUUUGGUUGGGAGGUGAAGAGUUUAAGAUGAAAAACGACAGAAGAGGUGAAUUAUACUAUUUCGUACACCAACAACUUUUGGCUCGUUAUUAUUUGGAAAGGCUCUCCAACCAUGCGGGUGACAUUCCUAUUUUAGAAUAUGAUAUUCCAGCGAAAACAGGGUAUCGUCCCCAUUUAGUAUAUUCAAGUGGGACUCCGUUUCCAUCUAGGGAAAACCCUACAUAUCUUCCAAGGAAAUUUGACUAUUACGAAUCAAAAAUGACAUUCAAUAAUUAUUACUCUGUCCAAGAUUUGGAAAGACGUAUCGUUGAUGCCAUUGACGCAGGAUUCGUUUAUACCGAAAAAGGCGAAAAGGUGGACAUAUAUACCCCUGAAGGUUUCAAUAUUCUUGGAAACAUAAUUGAAGGGAAUGCCGAUUCUCUAAACAGCCGUUUCUAUGGUCAUUUGCAAAUCUUUGCCCAUCAAUUGGUAGUAGACAAUCACAUUCAACCUGACGAAUACCAUGUGGUACCGUCUGUUUUGCAACACUUUGAAACAUCCCUACGAGAUCCUAUAUACUGGGAAUUUAUGAAGAGAAUAGUCGUUCUUUUCCAAUCAUAUAAAUUACAUUUGCCAAAAUACUCUUACCAUGAACUUAACUUUUCAGGGGUAAAGGUUGAAAACCUAGAUGUAGACCCAUUAGUUACUCUUUUUGACUACACCGAUUAUGACAUCGCCGGCAGCGUAAUUUUAAAUCCUCACGAGUUCGAAAGAGAUCCUUUUGUUAUAUUAGCUCGUCAAACACGUUUAAAUCAUAAGCCCUUUUCAUAUACUGUCAAUGUAACCAGUGAUAAAGAGCAACAGGCUGUGAUACGAACGUUUAUUGGACCCAAAUGUGAUCAGUAUGGGCAGCCUAUCGAUAUUAACGAACACCGACUUAAUUUUUUCCAACUUGAUACUUUUGUAACUAAACUUAAUGCCGGAGUGAAUGUCUUUAAACGAGAUCAUUCACAGUUUCAUUUUGCACCAGAUAAACCAACUUAUAGGACUUUAUACAAUAAAAUUAAUAACGCUACCAAUGAAGAACAACUUAAAACAUCUCAUACUGAAUUUUCCUAUGGAUUUCCUCAAAGAUUUAUUCUUCCAAAAGGUCAGAGAGCAGGUCAAAUGUUUCAGUUUUUCGUUAUAGUAACACCACGUAAAGGAAAUUUAGCUCCAGAUAAUAUCUACAUGGGUGGUAUUUUAAAAGUCGGAAGUGGCAAUCAGUAUGUUGACUCCCUUCCUCUUGGUUACCCUUUUGAUAGGGUUGUUGAUAAAGAUGCGUUUGUUUCUGUACAAAAUUCCUACUUCAAAGAUGUAAUCAUUUAUCAUAAGUAGAUGUUAAGUAAAACUUUGAAUGUGAUUGAAAAAGAUAAUAAAACUGUUCUAUUCUAUUCA